CCCGCACCGGCCCUAAUGAGAACAAGCUGGCCGGCGGCGCUGGCAGCCAGUGAGCUCGGGGCGGAGGAGGAGGAGAGGGAGGAGGAGGAGGAGGAGGAGGAGGAGGAGGAGGGCUGCGGGCCGGGCCGCGGCAGAAAGGGGGCCAGAGGCGAGGCGCGCGGGAGCGGCCCGUCGUCCCGCCGCCCUCGGGCGCUGCCGGAGGUGCCCGCUGCUGAGGGAGGGCCGGAGCGGCGCGGCACGAUGGCGCGGCGGCUGGCGCUGGGCGCCCUGCUGCUGGCGGCCUCGGCGGCGGCGGCCUCGGGGCCGGGGGCGGCCCUGGGCGACGCCGGGGGCAGCGGGGACGGCGAGGAGGCCGCCGCGGCGUCGGCCGCCGGCCCCCCGGCCCCGCCGCCGACGGGGAGCGCGGCGCCCGGCGAGGCGCCCGGCGGCCUGGCCGCCUUCCUGCGCGAGUACCUGCUGCUGGCGGCCGUGGCCGGCUCCCUGGCGCUGGUGCUGCUCUUCGUCGUCUGCGCCGCCCUCCUGGUGCGCCGCAAGCACAAGGCGGCCGCCUACUACCCCUCCUCCUUCCCCAAGAAGAAGUACGUGGACCAGCGCGACAAGGCCGGCGGCGCCCGGGCCUUCAGCGAGGUGCCCGACAAGGCCGCCGAGCCCGGCGCCCCCGAGCCCGCCGACGGCGCCCGGCAGCUCCGCGACGACAUCCUGGCCGCCGCGCAGAGCCUGCGCCCGCCCGCCGCCCGCCCCGACGCCAAGGCCCCCGCCGGCGAUGGCGACGGCGACGCCGAGCCGCCUCGCGACGGGCAGGCCCAGGAGGCCGCGGCGGGCGGCGAGGGCCCCCCCGGCGUCUAGCGGCCCUGCAGGCCCGGCCCCCCCCCCUCGCCGCCACAGCCGAGACGUGGCCGCGGGCCGGGCCGGGGAGACCCGCCGCUCGCCUGGACGGACAUUUUCCGCGGGGAGCGCGUGCCCCGUGAGCGAGCUUCCUCGCAAAUGCCGUUUUUUUGGAUCAUUAUCGGCAUCCCGUCAAAUGAAGGACUUCUUCUGGCCGAGGAAUUGCAUCCCCCAGCGGGGAGGGGGGUUUGGGAUGGCACCCCCCCCCCACCUCCAUGCCUGCCCUAGCAAAGGCUUCACGGAUAUUUAUGGCUUUCCGCGGCGUUUUUGCUCUCCCGCGGGCUCGCGGAGGGGCCCGGGAGCGCCCGCCCGGGCGGCCUGACUCCCAGCGGUUCCCGGCGCUCAGGGUCUCCAUCAGGGAUUAAAAAAAAAAAAAAGACGGGAAACCCUGAGCCAGCCCGUGCCCAGCCGGCGGAGGGACGAGGGGCUACAGCAAAGCCCCGUCCUUUCGUCUCCGCGCCCCAGACGUCGCGGCCCCCUUCGGAAGAGCUCAGCGAUCUGAACGGCCAUGGGGCGGGGGGCGGCGUUUUGUCUGAUUUUCCUACCCCCCCCUCGGCUUUUAAUAAAGACAUUUCCUAUGCAAA